GAGUUGCGCAAACGUUGUAACGAUUUAACAGUGGAGAUGAACGAGUGUCGCAGUACCACAAAAGCAGCUUCGAAAGGAAACUCAAUGUUUUUUGAGCUAAAAGCCCGUAAUGAUUUUCUGGUUCACCAAAAUGAUGUGUAUCAGCGACAGAUCGGCGAUUUGCGCCACGAAUUGAUGUUCGCCUUGUCGCUUGCCACUGGUACUGGCACUUCGGGUAAUAGUUAUUUAUAG